UAUCCGCCUCUUCAUUUUCGCUGUUAUCCGCUGUGCUGUGGUCCUGUGGAGCUUUCUUACGAUAAUCUGCCGGUUGGCUCCGGCAGACUCCUGUCAAGUUUUGUAGGGCAUGCAUAGUCAUGUGAGGAAUUGACAGGGGCUGCAGAAUAGGUAGGGGCUGCGAGUUUGCGACCCAUUAUCCUGGAUUUAUCCAGGUCUUGCAGGAGUAUCAGAAUGUCGCUGUGCUCGCUUGGCUUAAGAACACCCGCACAUCAUCUUCCCUCAUGACAUACCAUUUCCAGACACGCAACACGUUUACAAAGCCCAACCUCUCGAUACGCUCGCGCCUUCUUGACACAGCAGUUGAGACUCCGUAUGAUGGCUUCAAAUGCUAAAGGGCACCUCGCUUUAUCGCUCCUUCUCUUCUUGCAACAGGGAGGCCAAGCAAAGGAGCCAGACUGCAAGAUGUUGGCUGUCAGAGCGGAGACGAGAGUGACGUUUGAAAGCAAAGUCCACCCAGCUUGUGGGCAGUGUUGGUCCUUUGGAACCUCUAGGGACAAGGAGCUGGAGGCCAUUUCGUGUCCGGAUGUAUGCGAUGAGCGCAUUGCUGACUUGAUGUAUGACACCUCAAAAUAUCGUCUUGACCCAUGCAUCCAUGUCAUGAAGUCCGACAAUCUGUCACAGUGGGAUAUUCUUUUUCGAAACCCAAAUGGAAGGGAUAUGCAAUCUACUGCUCCUGGCCUCAAAAUCUGCCAGUGCGCAGUCACGAUUAUCGUUCAGCGUCUGGUAAAUCAAGUCACUGAUACGAAUCCUCAACAGUCUACUCUGAACACAAAUUAUUGUGUCAAGCCAGAAAAACGGAUUGUUGAAGCAAAACUGAAAAUCAUCAAUGAUAACUGGUAUCCAGCGUUGAGCAGGCUAGGCGAGGAAUCCGGUGGAACCAAACAUGAUGUGAAGUAGACUUCUGCUGGAGGUGAGCCUCUUGGUGAUGUUCUUAGGCUUCUCAGGGCCGCAAUCUAUUGCGAUGCAGAAUGGCAAGACCUUCAGCAUCCUAAGGACAUACGCGAUCAAGAAGCCUCGAGAGGCCAACUGGACAUUGACAGUCAUUGCACCAUCAGAUUCGGUUCUCGCGAGAA